UUUUUAAACUUGAUUAAACACGAUAAUGGCGGACGCUGAAACUGGUCGCGGUCAGUUGAAAGAGACAAGGAAAGCUUUAUUUCGGACGCCAGAUCAAGAUGACAAUAGUAAGGCACCAGAAGCGUUGGAGGCCUUACUAAACAGAAUUCAAGUGGACAUCGAAGUGGAUUCUAACCUUCAAAGUCUUAGAAAAGAGAUCCAUGAACAGGCUCUAACUAAGUUGAGACAGGAAUUGACUCAGAUUGGUCAAGAUGAAUGGAUGUACAAACCCAUUGAUCAGAUUAUUGGAUUUUGAGCUGUUCAUUGGGUUGCACAGUUACUUGUAGCAAGGUCCCAAGAAGGAGUUUAAUUAAGGCAUCAAUGAUGAAAAGACAACUCAAGUUAGCAGCACGUCACAAGACAACAAGAUGCAGGUUAUAGCUAUGUUGGCCAAACAAGAGACAGCCAGGCAAUUUUUGUACUGAUAGAAUGAUGCUGUGUUGUUUCAAAGAUUCCCACCAUGACUAGGACUUACACUAACUUUUCAACUUACUAGCCAAGUGGCUUGUGUUAACUUAAAUGUUUUUACAAUUUCAGUUUGUUUCCUAGCCAAACUGGCUGGUGGAAAUCAAAAACCACCUAGUCAAAACUGAAUUUCUACCAGUCUGUGGCUAGUUUGCUACCAUUAGUGUUAAGCUCUGACUCUAAGAGAGGGUUAUUGAUUAAUGCACAGUGCAAUCAAUUGGAGAUAAAUGAAUGACUCAGACACUUGACCCUUAACACCCUAACAUCAGAAUCCUAAUUCUCCAUACUCUUCUCUACACAUUUUCUUUAGUACUGGCAAGGAGAAUACAGUUAACAAUCAAAGCUUCUUAGGUUGGCAGUCAUUUACUUUAUUCUGAAUAUCUUUUUUAAUAAUUCAGCAGUAUUACACAUUGUUCUCCAGAAGCACCAAGCAAGAAGGCAAGAAGAAACAUCUAAGUGCAAAUUAUGUACAAAUCAAGUACGAGUAUCCUGCAAUACUGUGGAGUUGGUAAUAAUGUACUGUCAAAAAACCUGUUUUCUGGUUGGCUGUGCAUGUAGGCUUCUCUUUCUACCU